AUGACGGCAAGCAGCGGAGACAAGGCCGGAUUGCCCCGGAACACGGAACCCCGAAAAUUCGGUCUGAACCAAGUAUACCCCGACCAGAGCGAUGGCUCGAUCAAAACAGACUUGGACAUCAUCGCCAUUCACGGCUUGGACACUCAAUCGCCGGGAACUUGGGUGGCAUGGAAGGACGACGGUGACCCAACUUCGGGCCAUGUCCACUGGCUGCAAGACCAGAACAUGUUGCCAUCUGUCAUCCCCAAUGCUCGCAUCUUCACGUACGACUGGAACGCCAACUUCGACGAUAACCCCGCGACCGACCUUCUAUUAGGUCAUGCCGAUGCACUACUAGAUAGGUUGCAUAUCUGCAGAUUCAAGGACAGCGGUAAUCGCCCGCCAUAUUCAUCGCAUCCUGCUUUGGUGGUCUGUUGCUGGUCAAGGCACUUCACCGGGCGCGGGAGUCACGAGUCCUUUUUUACUGCCACCCAGCUACGGGUCGUCGUUGCGAUACAUAUGCGCGGUGAUUCAUCCUCCGAGUUGGUCAAGUAUCUGGGAAAUGACGCCGGGGGACGAGGAGAACUCGACGAAAUUGUCCAGCGGUUCUGCGAGAUGGUCGAGGACAAAGAGUUCAAAUUUCCCAUGGUCUGUUUUUACGAAACCCAGCCGACAGACUUUACCACAGUCAUAAGGAAACUACCGCCCGAGUUCAUCAAAUGCUUAGGCAGUGAUAACAAGGGAAUUCUUGUCGAGCGGCACUCGGCUUGCCUUCAAGGCCCACGUCGGAUUGGGUUGGACGUUAGACACGCAAUGCUGAGCAAGUACGCGGGACCGGAGGAUGAUGCCUUCAAGAGAGUGUCCACCCGUUUGUUGGGGAUCUUGGAGUCCUUACCACGUCUACAAGCGAGCCUUGACCAUAUAACUGGGAAGACCCAGAAAGACUGGGCCCGGUGGGACAAGGAAGUAGCGAUUCUGAAGCGCCUUCACACAUCACCAUUUCGAGAGCGAAAAGACCGGAACGAUGCCCGUGUCCCAGGGACAUGUAACUGGACCGUGUGUUACUUCUUCUUCAAAGACGACUUUGAGGACCAGCGAAGUAUAGUCAGCGCCCUCAGCUGCAUACUGCACCAACUUUUCCACCAGAAACACGAGCUGCUAUCCGAUGCGAUCCUGAAACAGCUCGAAGUCGCGGGUGAAAGGCUAACCAGCUCAUUUGGUGACCUUUGGGAUGCCCUUCUCAACGCUGCGGAAGAUCCGAACGCUGGCGAAAUCGUUUGUCUGUUCGACGCAAUCGAUGAGUGCGAAGCGAAAGGAAGAUCUCAGCUCUACAGAGCAUUUCGACCCUAUGGUGAGAUUCGCCGUGGAUUUCAACCCUUGAUGAUCCAAGGAUUGCCGGUGAUUCAUUUAAGCGGUGAAAGCGAUGAAGAGGCGGCAAAGAUUUCCCAAGAGAUCGACAUCUUCAUCAGAUCCAAACUCACAAGUGUUCCUAACAGGACAUAUCUAUGGGUAUACCUUAUCUUGGACUUGAUCGAGAAGGACGGCGAUAUCGACAAAAAUAGAAUAAUCGAUGCCACUACUCAUCUCCCUCAAAAUGUGGACGAGGCAUACGACAGGAUCCUCUCCAAGACAGCUCGGCCACUAGCCGUGGCUGAGAUGAACCUGGCGAUAACUUUGCAAGAAAAUCAUCGGUCUUAUGACGACUUUGAUCUCAAAAGCGAAGCCCGUUUCCGCGAGAUCUUACGAGACACCUGCGGGCUCUUUAUAACAAUCGUGGACUCAAAGAUCUACUUGCUCCACCACAGCGCAAAGGAAUUCUUGGUUCUGGAUGACACGAUGAAUUCUCAUAUCCAGACAAGACUUAAUUGGAAACACGCACUUCGGCCGCGGACAUCUCAUCGCAUCCUUGCCAACAUCUGCAUCUGGCAUCUCCUCUUCGCAGAAUUUAAGAUGCAUCCUCUUUCUGGGGACGUAAAACUGGCCCAGUAUGUCAGGGAUCAUAUUUUCCUUGACUACUCCGCCAAGCAUUGGGCCGCUCACCUCCGAAAGGUGCAGAAAUCGAUGCGAGACGACGACGCGAUGACACAAUCGAUACUGAGAAUCUCGAGGUUCGGCCACGAGGAUAUAGCGAGGCUGCUCAUCGACGCGGGUGCCGACAAGGAGGCCAAGGAAGUAAGAAAAUUGACGAUUCUACAGCGAAGGCAUGAGGUUAUGUUUCGGCAAACCGCCCGCGCGAAUGACCGCAAGGGCCUCAAGGACACAAUCGGGCUAACGCCGCUGCAGUGGGCGGCCCGGAAUGGCCAGGAGGCCGCGGUGAGGCUACUCAUCGACGCGGGUGCCAAUAGGGAGGCCAAGGGCGGGUACAAUUGGAUAAAGAAUCUUAGGCGGACGCCACUACACUGGGCUUCCCGGCGAGGCCAUGAGGCUAUAACGAGGUUGCUCCUCGACGCGGGCGCCGACAAGGAGGCCAAGGACGCAAACGGGUUAACGCCGCUGCAGGUGGCAACCCGAAAAGGCCACAGGGCCACGGCUCAGCUGCUCGUCGAAGCGGGCACCGAUAAGGAGGCUAAGGACGUAAAAGGGUGGACGCCGCUGCUAUGGGCGGCCCGUGAAGGCCAUAGGGCUAUAGUUCAGCUACUCAUCGACGCGGGUGCCGACAAGGAGGCCAAGGACGCAGACGGGCAGACGCCACUGCACUGGGCUUCCAGGCGAGACCAUGAGGCUAUAGCGAGGCUACUCAUCGACGCGGGUGCCGACAAGGAGGCCAAGGACGCAAAGGGGUUAAAGCCGCUGCAUUGGGCGGCCCAGAGUGUCCUGGACCUGAGGGACGCAAGCGAGGUAAAGUUUUUUCACGUGGCAGCCCCAAAAGGAAACGGAGCCGUGGCCAAGCUGCUCGCCUAG